ACUAGACAGAAUACAGAGCAAAAAACAGGGAGAAACAGAAUGUCAACAAAUGCAGCAACAGUAGAAAGAAAGCCCAAAUGGCAUCCAAUUCCACCACCACCACCAAGUCCCAAAAUCCUCAACUUACCUAGGAGAAAUCGCCAUCGCAAACAGCACAAAAAACCCACCAAGAAACCAUAUUGUUCCAGCCAUGUAUCGUUACUAGACUUGCACCGGAAGAAUUACUACAGUGAGACUGGAAAAGGGAAACUUGAGAGGUUAUUUGGCCAGGAAAGGGAGUUUUCGAGAAGUGGUUGCAGUAAUAGUGUGCCUAUAAUUGUGUUGAACUCAUCUGCAGCAUCAUCAUCAUUAUCAGGUGGAAGAAGAGACAGAUUUGUAGAAGAAGAAGAAGAAGAAGAGGAAGACGAAGAAGAAAAAGAAGUAGGAGGAGAAGGAAUGUGUGGUGAAUUUAUGGAGGAAAAGUGGAAGUUUCAGGCUGAGAUUUUGAGGGCUGAGUGUAAUUUUUUGAGGAUGGAAAGAGAGGUUGCUUUGAAGAAGUUGGAGACAAAUCGAGCUCAGAUGGAGAGGACUCUUCGAUCAGCUGUUCAAACUCUAAUAGCUGGAAAAAAGAAAAUUUUUGAAGGGAAGAAUGUAAAUGCAGUAUUGGAAGAAGAAAUUGAGGAACUAGCAGAGAAACUGGAAGAGUUGCAGAAGAGCUCAGGACUUGAGGACCUUGAGGUUAGGAAUUGUAACAAUUUUGAUAAACAGGCAUGUCUUUUGCAGCGCCGACUAGAGAAGAUUGGUGGUUUGUCAGACAAUAAAUAUGUUGAAGAAUUGCAAGAAUUAGCUGAACCAAGCUUAUCCAUAAGCAAUGAAGUUGGCAAUGGGAGCUGUGUUUUGGAUUCCAGGAGCAAUAAAUCCAUUGAUGUGGAGAUGUUGAGGAGGAAAAUGGAUGGACUUUCAAAGGAAAUGUUACAGAAAAUUGCGAAAGAUUUUUGCUCAAUACUAUCUACUACGGAAAACAGUUCUGUUGCUAGUUCUGCUUCAAUAUCAAAGCGAAUUGAAUAUCCGGAGUCUAUUUUCUCUAGCAGACAACUGUAUCAGGAAUCAGUAUCACAUGAAGAUGCCAAAUGCACAGGACGUUGCAAGGCUGUAGUACGCAGAAUUGUAGAGCAAGUGAGAGCUGAGACUGAACAGUGGUCCCAAAUGCAAGGAAUGCUACUGCAGGUGAGGAAGGAGAUGGAAGAACUCCAGAACUCCCGCAAAUUUUGGGAAGACCAGGCACUCAAUUCUGAUCGUGAAGUUCAAUGCCUGCAAUCUUCUGUGCAAGAAUGGAAAGAAAAAGCUCUAACGUUGGAAACCAAGGCUAAGGCAACCGAAACAGAAUUGGCAGAUCUUAAAGUGGAGCUUGAGAAACUGAAGACUGCACAAGGCAUAGAACAAUGCCGAGUUGUAAUCAACGAUCACAUUACACCUCUUGCCUCCAUAAGUGAACAACUCAGAAAGGAAAAUCACGCACGGGGUCAUAUCCUGAAGAAAAACCAUCUUAAUGUACAUAAAGCUUGUAGGGAAGAGAAUGCCAGGGAAAUGUUGAUAGCGAAGCAAAAUGGUGAAAUCAUGGCAAGUAACGAGUCUUUGCCACUCCCCCUGGGGAAGCAACUUGAAAAAGAGAAACGGAUGCUUCGUCGCUUAAAAGAAAAGUGUCGUACAACCACUGACGGCAGGAGAAAAUUACAUACGUACAACAGUGGACUUGCAACGUUGAAGCGUUCCCCAUUCGAUGACAUUGGGAACUUGUCAGAAUUGUAAAACUGCUUUUAUUUGUAAACUUUUCUCGUUUUCGUAGCUACCUUGAGUCUUAGAGAGAUUAUAAGCUUAUCAUUUGUGUAUGGAGUGAGAGAUGGGGAUUUGUUUAGAGAACAGAUUUAUUUAUUUUUUUGGUCAGGAUAGGAAUUGAAAAUUUUCCAACGUAUUAGCACUAAAAUAAACCGAAAUGAGGUUGACUUUCAAU